AGAUAUUCCUGCUGUAAGACUUUCUCAAGUAAAACCUUUCUCUGAAGUUGGAUGCGACUAUGGUGGUCCAUUCUCUUUAUUAAGAUAUCGUGCACGAGGUGCUAAGUCCUGUAAAGCCUAUAUUUGCUUAUUUGUGUGCAUGGCCACGAAAGCUUUGCACUUAGAACUGGUUUUCGACCUUUCCUCCGAGACUUUUCUGGGUGCACUGCGUCGAUUCAUUUCUCGUAGAGGUCGCUGCAAUCAUAUUUAUUCCGAUUGUGGAACGAACUUUGUCGGAGCUUCUAGAGAACUGAUUAAUAUGCUAAAAUCCGCCGCUGAGCAAGAACAAAUUUCCUGGCACUUCAAUCCUCCAAGCGCGCCUCAUUUUGGUGGCCUGUGGGAAGCAGGAAUAAAGUCUGUAAAAACUCACAUUAAAAGGGUCAUUGGUGAUCAAUUGCUCACGUAUGAGGAAUUUUAUACGCUACUGGUUCAAAUAGAAGCAGUGCUUAAUUCUCGUCCAUUGUGUCCACAAAGCUCUGAUCCUAAUGAUUUGUCAGUUCUUACUCCAGGACAUUUUUUAACCCUAGAGCCGUUAAACGCCCCUCCGGAAGAUGAUCUUUCCGGGAUAAAAUUAAAUCAUCUCUCUCGCUGGCAGUUGAUAUCACGCUUGCACCAAAACUUUUGGAGCCGAUGGUCUAAAGAAUACCUUCAAACACUUUUACAAAGAGCUAAAUGGAAUGACUCUACUAUUCCAAUAGAAAUAAACUCGGUUGUUUUAAUAAAGGAUGAUAAUCUUAUUCCGCUCAAAUGGAGCAUUGGAAGAGUCUUAGAGAUUCACCCGGGCCAAAUGUAAACUCUCUUAAUAUUUAAUUAAAUUACACUCAUGCAUUAACCCCAAUAAUGCAUUUUUCUAAAUUUCCUCUAAAUUUAACUUCAUAAAUUUCACUCUUACUUUCUUUUAAACAUAACGCAUUUUUUCACUUUUUUUUUAUUUUACUUUACUAUUCUCAAACAAAAAUGGAAAAUAUUUCAUUUUGGUGGGCGGUAUGUUGGAUUCUAUCCCUUCCUCCCAUCCUUUACCCGAAAAAACUUAGUGGGUACGUAGCAGUAGUCGAAUACGCAGAGUGACAAGAUCGGCCGAGUACACAGUGUACACCUCCAAGCGCGCGCUAUCCUCAAGUGUUUUGUUCAAGCAAAAAA